AUGUCCCAGCCGCAAUUAACCACCGACCUGGACGUUCCGGAAAGUCCGCAACACUCUUGCCAAUGCUCCGCAAUGAGUAGCAUGGAUUCCAUGAGAACGCAGAGGGACAGAGCGGAGAGGAGCGUGGGAAGUACAAGAAUUUCCAACAACCAAGAACUCCCUAGGGGUUUAGAGGCACUUCAGAGUGCUUUCGAACCAAUAAGAAGACUGGAAAGUCCACUAUCUCAUCAGGAAAGCCAACAGAUCAAUUUGGAGAAUACCAGGAAUGUGGAUAUCUUGGAACAUCAAGCGGGCUUAUCGCCGAAUACGAGAUCGAUGGAAGGUCAAAGCGGGAUUUUGUCCAGACACGGUCAUAAUCUUUCGUGCAGUCCGAGGAACUUGGAUCUUUCGCGAAACUUGGCGUUCGAGGCUGCACGAAGAGUUCAGGAAUCCGGCAACUUGCAGGAUAACCAACACAGCCUAACCUCCAGCCCUAGUCCUUUGUUGGAGUCUAGUUCAGCCUUGCUCGAGACGUCCACGAAAGAUCUGGACAAGCAGCUCGACGAUCAUGCCGGGUUAUCGCAGAAGCCAGCCGCUUCGAGCAAAGAUAAGCUGAAGAAUAUUCAGCAGGUCCUGAAUCCUUAUCAACACCAUCACGAGCCGACGUCAGCGGAACGCAACGUCCACGGACAUUUCCACGGCGAUACUCAUGCCCACGUUCACAAGCAUGCCGACAAUUUCCGAAGCACCACGAAUUUGGACGUCGGAGAUGGACUGAUGGGAUUUCAGCAACAUCAACGACAACACACUCAUCAUCACCACGGAAACACCAAGACCACGAACGUGACCCAUCAUCACGGGCCGACGACCGUGCAUCAUCCGCACGGCCCGCAAGGAAUGGCGGGACAUCAUCACGGAAAUCUGGCGCCUAGUUUGACUAGCCAUGUUCACGGAAACUCUGGCCCCCUGAGUAGUUCCGGUUCGAAUCACGGAAAUCAGAGCGCGACGGGAAAUCCGAGUGGUCAUCACCAUCCGAAUCCGAUACCAACCUCUACCGCCAUGGGACACAGAAAUUCACCGACCAGCCAUCAUCGUCUCGGUGGUAACACUGGCCUCGGCAGUCAUUACCCUUCGAACUCUGGUUUCUCCAGCGAUCAUCACGGCACUUCCAGCGCGAUGAGCGGAGCUUCGUCUAAUUCGAGCAUGUUAAAUCAUGGCGGCUCGCCGGCGGUUCAUCGACACGUGGUUAACGCGAAUAGCAGCCUUUCGACUACGCCGCUGGCUAGCCAUCAUCAUGGCAGUUCUUCGGGAAGUUUAACCGGACAUUCUAGCGUGAAUCAUCAUCAUGUCAGCUCUGGCAUAUCCUGCGAGUCUUCUUCGUCCAACGCGAACACGAGAACGCACAGUCGUUUGGAUCACGUCCACGAUCAUCAUCACCAUUUGCAACAAGUGCAUUCGUUGCACACCAGCCAUCCCGAUUCCCGGCAAAGAGACAGAGCACCGUCCAGUCUAGAGCAUCAUGGACAUCAUCACGGUCACAUGCACAGUCACGGUCAUCAACAUCCGCAGAGCAGCGAUACCAAAAAUACGUCACUCAUCGGCGUGGAUUCGAUACAGGUGUCGGCUCCUUCGAAAAGCAAAUGUCAAUGUCACGUGGUGCAAACCGGAGGAAACAAGAGAGGGCAAGAGGGCGAGAGCGACGGAGGUGUCGAAGUGACAUCGAGAACGCAUCAACCCCCUGCGCUUCCUCCGCGACCGCCCCCUAGACCAACUAGAAGAUACGAAACAACGUCUGUCAAUCAAUGCCACACGGGGGAAGGUGGUUGCUGCAAGAAGUACGUUGUCCUUUGUUGCCUUUGUGGUGGGUUGAGCGCUGCGGUUGGUAGUCUCUUUUUGGCGGUACACGCGGUCCUUUCAGCCCACACGGCCAGCUUAGCUCUCUUUGAGACUGUACCAUCUUACAUUCCUGGCAUAAUGUUAAUCCUAAUGGGUCUCUUCACGAUGCUACUUGCCAGACGGAAGCACAGAUACGGACUUUUGAUGAAAGUGUGCGGAUCAGUCGGUGUGGUGUGCGCGUUGGUGUGCGUCCUCGUCACCGUCACCACCACGGUCAUACACAUGUCCCGGCUGCAAGGUCUUCGGAAAUGCGUCUACACCGCGAAAGCGAGGUCGUGCACGUGCUACGGCGCGCCGGAAGGAGACCCUGGAGUUCUUUUCGAAGGCACUCCCCACUGCGAGGCAGUCCACGGUGCCUUACACGCCUGUCUGAGGGCCCUGUUCGGGGUUUCGGUCGCUGGAAUCUUGGCUUGCAUAUUCUCGUGCAUGCUGGUGUACCAGUUGCUAAGUCACGAGAAGAAGAAGAUGUACUGGGAGCAGUUGGAGCUGAGAUGCAGAUCUCUGUACGGGCAAGGAGGCACCGUGGGACCGGCGACUGGUUCCUGCGGAUGUUGCAACGACUGCGGCGGCGCUAGUCCAUGGUGGGCGCAGACACCCGGAAAUCUUUACACGCCGAAUCCUGACUUGGCGCCAUCGAGACGAUGGCGACUACCCUGGUCCAGAUCCAGAGGACCAGCUCCGAGCCCAGACUCGAAUUAUGGCUUUCAUACUCAGGCCAGACAGACCGAGGCUAACGUAGAAAACACAAAUGGCCCCUACAGUGUCCUUAAUUCUCAAUCGAGCGGUCCCUAUUCCGUUUUAAACGCACAGAACGGUCCGUACACCCCUAGCACGGCUUCUUACAGUGUUCUAGAGACUCCGGUGCCGUUAUGGGGUCCUCCGCCGCCUUAUAGCGACCCGAACAGCCCUGCUAGGCGACCGCAAGUAGCCGAACAAAGGCCCAGAAUUGCCAAACGAAUAGAGAACUUCGAGAACAAUGAAGAUCACAGAUCGAGGUCUGCGAAACGUCCCUCCGAUAACUACGAAAAUGCCGAAGAAAUAUCGAACAGCACAGACCCAGAGGGAGGGAACGAGGGCACCAUGAAAGGCAGACGAACUAGGAAGCCUUUAAAGGGUGUAGAGAACGGAGCGUUCCAGCAGGAAGCGAAUCCUGGGCCGAAACAGUCGGAAAGUGAACUGUACUUUGGUGACGUGUCCUCGUGUUGCGGGCCCGAGAGUAGUUUCUACGAUUUGGCCGUUGAGAAAGAAGGUGCGGAACAUUCAGAGGGCGUAGAUUACCUAGCAGCUCGCCUAGGUAAACGGCAACUGUCAAAGAGAUCCAGGAUGCCUCUGCCAUUGCCAUCGGACAAUGGUGACAUACCAUCCGACAAUUACGCGAACAGUGACGAACCCAGAAGCGCCAGGGGACCGUUCCUGGCGCCUGACGCGCAGUACGAAGUCAUUCAACAAGGUCGAUACUCUUACUACACGUCCAAGGACGACGAACAGCUUCAAGAAGGUCCUGCGACCUCGGGAUACUUCAGAGAGGAGGAGACUGAACGGGGAAGGGAGAGGGAUUACAGGGAUUACAGGAGUAGCCAGGAAGAGGAAACGCCUCAAUGUUGCUUGAGCGAUUCAACGACGCUGGACUCGGGUUGGCAAAGUGGUGAACAGCAACAGUCGGAUGACAAUGUCAGACCGGUUAACGUGUGAUCGCGCUUAUUCUUAGAUAAUUAACGGGAUAGCUGUCGAGGAAUAGUAGUAUUAAGUCAGACUAGGGGGAGAGCCAAGACGAGAAAAUGGUCGCUGAGAAU